CCUUUUUUGGUAGUUACCAAAAACCUUUGUAAAAAAUUCCACCUUCGCUCUUCUCUUUCGCCACGACACCUUCAGCUUUGUUCUCAGUCCAUCAUCUCCACUUCUCCUUCACAGCUCUCGCCCACCAUCAUUCCCUCUCUCAACACUGAAUCAUUUCACAUUUUUUUCCUACUUUCUUCAAGAACCCUUCCUUCUCUCUUAGAUUUGCAGCGGCGGUUAUGGAUGUUCCGUUGCCGUUGGAUAAAUUAGCUUUACAACUUAUUAAUAAUGAACCCUCCCCUGGAAACACAAGCGAUGGCAAGAUAUAUGUCAUUCUGGUGGCAACUGGAAGCUUUAAUCCACCUACUUUUAUGCAUUUACGUAUGUUCGAGCUUGCAAGAGAUGCAUUGAAUUCCAAAGGCUACUGUGUAAUUGGAGGGUACAUGUCACCUGUGAAUGAUGCAUACAAGAAAAAGAAUCUAAUAUCUGCUGACCAUCGAAUACAAUUAUGUCAUUUGGCCUGCAAAAGUUCAGAAUUUGUAAUGGUUGAUCCAUGGGAGGCAAAUCAAAACACAUAUCAACGCACUUUGACUGUCCUAUUCAGAGUCCACGCUUCUAUUUGUGAGACAGGGUUGAUAUCUAGAGAAUCUCUGAAGGUCAUGCUUGUUUGUGGCUCUGAUCUCCUCCAUUCCUUUGGAAUUCCUGGAUUUUGGAUUCCUGACCAGGUUAAGAGUAUAUGCAGAGAUUAUGGAGUAGUCUGCAUACGCAGAGAAGGACAAAAUAUUGAGAAGACUAUAUCUGAUGAUAAUAUUCUGAAUGAGAAUCAGGCUAAUAUUGAAGUUGUAGAUGAACUUGUACCAAAUCAAAUCAGCUCAACAAGAAUAAGGGAAUGCAUUGCAAGAGGAUUAUCAAUAAAAUACCUUACCUCGGAUGAAGUGAUUGAUUAUACCAGAGAACAUAAAUUAUACUUGAAAUCAGAUGAUAAAUAAUUCCUACAAAUUGGAUAUCAUAUGCUGUAUUCGCUAUGCAAGAGUCAUUAGUUACAUAGCUGCGUAUUAGAUUAGUGUUUAAUAAGCAGUUGAUUUGCUGUUGUAAAACUAGCAGGUAAAUAAAUAUUCCACAAUUCACAAGUUAAAUGCAAAAUUUAACAGAAUUGUUGAAGUUGUACGUUUUCAGUUGUUUAAUUUAACCUAGUAAUUUGCGGCUGCUAAA